CCUCCUCCUCCUUCCCCACUCCUCCCACUUCUCCCUCUCCCCUGUGUUUGGCGGUGAUCAGCUCGACGCGCGCAUUCGGAGCCGCGAGCAGGCAAACGAUCCAUCAGAAUGUCCUCCCUGGAUCUGGCCACCUCGGCCGUCUCCUCCCAUCUGUAUGAGGAGUUCCGCAAAAUCGGCCUCGUGUCGGACGCGGUGCCGAUGCACAUUCAGGCCCAUGCCCGCGGCUAUUUCAUCAUCACCAGUAUCGGCAACUCCUUCCACAUCUAUGACGGAAGCAAAAUGCGUCUCCUCUUCGUCGGCCCCCAGUUUGAGCACCCAGUCGCGGCCAUCUCCUCGCACCAGCAGCUGACCUUCGUGGCUACCGGCAAGGAUGUGGCUGUGUGCGAGCGUGGUCGCGAGCGCCGCCGCCUCCAGGCCCACAAGGCCCCGGUGACCCAGCUGUGUGUCAUCGGGUCCGGGGACUUCCUGGUGUCGGCCGACACCAGCGGCACUGUCUGCGUGUGGGAUCUCCUGAACAUCCGCCAAUUCCCCAACCAACCUGCCGUCACCCCCCAUAUGACCCUGGAAAUGGGGGACACCUUCGUCCCGACGGCCCUGCUGCAGCCGAGCACCUACGUCAACAAGGUCCUGGUUUGCUCGGCGUCCGGCAUCAUGCAGCUGUGGAACGUCCGCUCCGGCAAGCAGAUUUUCCAGUUUGCGCAGCUCCCGGCCUCCGUGGUGUCGGUGGUCCAGUCGCCCGUGCUCGACGUGAUCGGCCUCGGCCUGUCCAAUGGUUCGGUGCUCGUGCACAACCUCAAGCAUGACAAGACUCUGAUGACCUUCCGUGUGGAUGGCCCGGUCCUGAGCCUGGCCUUCCGUAGUGAUGACGCCCCCAUCCUGGCGGUCGGUGACCACCAGGGCCAGAUCGCCACCUUUGAUUUGGAGAAGCGUCGUCUGGUGAAUGUGGCCCACGCGGCCCAUGAGGCCGGCGUGAGUGCGCUGCACUUCGUCGCCAACACCGGGGUCCUUCUGUCCUCCAGCGCGGACAACAGCAUCUGUGCCUGGGUGUAUGACCAGCCGAACGGUCCCUCGCAGCUGCUGCGCUCGCGCUCCGGUCACAAUGCCCCCCCGAACUUCAUUCGCUUCUAUGGCGCCAUCGACAGCAUGUCCCUCGGGCAUGUGUUGCUCUCUUCCGGCGCAGAUCGCGCCCUCCGGCUGUUUUCUUUGAUCCGCGACGCGCAGGCCGUCGAGUUCUCCCAGGGAUCCCUGCGCGCGGUGGCCAACAAGCGCCACGUCACCAUGGCCUCCCUGCGCCUGCCGCCGGUUCUGCAAUUCUCCUGGUCGGAUGUGCGCGAGCGCGACUGGCAUAACAUCGCCACCUGCCAUGUCAACCACCCGACUGUCUACCUUUGGUGGACGGAGAAGCGUGCCCUGUCCGAUGUGAAGAUCCUCUCCAAGGAUGGCUCCAAUGCCAAGAGCGUUUGCAUUUCCUUCUGCGGCAACUAUCUGGCUGUGGGUUACGAGUCUGGGCGCAUCGACACCUUCAACGUCCAGUCCGGCUACCAUCGGAGCACGUAUCUCGGCCACAGCCUCAGCGUAACCGGGCUCUGCUUCGAUGCCACGGCUCGGUCGCUGGUCAGCUGCAGCCUCGACGGCACGGUCCAGGUGUGGCCCUUCCACACGUCGUUCGUCUCGUCGGCCGGUGCUGGCUCCAAGGUCACCAGCCUGCCGCUGAACCUGGACCCGGAGUCUGGCCCGGUCACCCGCAUGAUGAUCCACCGGGAAAAUGGCCUGCUGGCCGUGGUGACAGAUGACUGCAUGAUUCGCCUGUUCGAUUUGGAGACCCAGCGCCUGGGGCGUGUGUUCAGCGCCCAGGACUCGCCGGUGGUGGACAUCGCCUUCUCCGUGGAUGGGCGGUCUCUGCUGGCCGUCACCACGGAUGCCCACCUGCGUGUGUAUGACAUCCCCUCCUCGCUAACGGUGGACACGAUGAAGCUGCCGGCGGUGCCGACUUCCAUCGCGGUGGCUCCCCGUGGGGACUUCAUUGCCAUCACCUUUGUCGACGACUUGGCGGUGUCGGUGUAUGCCCUGGCCACGGGGAUUGCCCAGGCGCGCGCCGCUGCCGCCGACUACGAGCGUGUCACCCUGGAGCGCACGCGCCUGGAUGAGGGCAUGGUCGACGGGGUGGUCACCCUGAGUAUGGUCCCGCGCGCUCGCUGGCACAACCUCCUCCAUUUGGAUGCCAUCCGCGAGCGCAACAAGCCGCUCGAGGCGCCCAAGCUGCCGGAGAAGGCUCCCUUCUUCCUUCCUUCCAAGACCGCUGUCACCUCGACGCUGCUUUCCCGCCCCGGGGAGUCCAUCGAGGAGGAGGAGGCCGCCCUCAAGGAGGCCUCCCGUGUCAUGCGUAUGGGCACCGCCGGCGCGGAGACCCCGCUCACAUCGGCCCUGCGUCAGGCCUCCGAGGCCAUUGCCGCCGAUUCGGAGGUGGACACUUUCUACACUGCGGCCCUUGAGCACUUGACGCGCCUGGCUCCGUCCGGUGUGGACUUUGAGAUUCGCUCGCUCCGCUAUGACCCGCCCAGCGGCACGGACCCUGCGGCCAACAUUUUCGCCGCCAAUCCCGCCCCGGCGACCGAGCUGGCUCGCUUUGUGGACUUCCUCACCUGGGCCACGCGCCGCCAUCGGGACUUCGAGCUGGUGCAGGCCUGGACCACGGUCACUCUGCGUAUCCAUGGGGACCGUCUGCUGCCGGGGGUUGAGGAGUCGGCCGAGGCCGGCGACGUGCCGGUCACCGCCCUGGACAUGGAUCUCACCCGGCGCAUGAACACCCUUCGCCGGGAGCAGUCCCAGGCCUGGUCGCGUCUGUCGGACUCCUACCGCGAGGCCAUUUGCCUGGUGGACUUUGCCCGGCGCGCGGUUGUCUGAGAGGUGGAGCCAAGAGAACCCCCGAGAGGGGCACAACACAGGGGUCGGUCCUUCGGUUGGCCGCUGCCGCUUGGGUGGGGAUCCCUCCCCCCCCCCCCUCGCACC